AUGGCUCUCGCCAAGGACAUCGCAGAGACCGAACGGCAAGGGCAAGCCGAAGUUCACCUCCUGGACACGGACUGGGACACAAAUGAAGUAUUUUGGUCUCAUUUUGGUGGACCGGAUGCUGUCAGUUGUCUAAACGAAGCUCGACAUGAUGAUGAGAAUUACUGGAAGGAAGCAUCUGAGAAACUAAGCCUUUGGAAGGUGUCAGAUUUUACAGGCUGCAUGAAGGUUACCAAUGUCGCUCAAGGACAAAUCGAUCGCGACCUGUUGGAUUCAAAGGAUGCCUUUGUUCUUGACGCUGGCAGUGCUGGAAUUUUCGUCUGGAUCGGUAAGGAAUGUACCCUCGAAGAACGUGCUAAGGCUAUGGACAUUGGAACAAACUUCGUCAAAGAACACAAACUGCCAGCAUGGACCACAGUUACGCGAGUGCUGGAAACUGUUGAGCCGGCAGCGUUUACACAAUGGUUCGAUGAGUGGGUUGAUAGCAAAGAAACGAAGAGCUUCAAGCCGCGCUUGUUCCAAGUGUCAGAUGAGUCCGGAGGAAUAGUGGUUGAAGAGAUCGCCAAUUAUACUCAAGAGAGUCUCGAUGGUGAUGACGUCAUGAUACUUGAUGCUCUGAACCCUAUCUAUGUAUGGGUUGGGGAAGGCGCCAACCAAGAUGAGAAAAAGAACGCCGUCUAUACUGCGGAGGCAAGCUUACUUUCGAGUACAGAAAUAAAUAUUCAUGACGGGAUUGUCGCAGACUGA